AUGGAAGAAGACUUCGAGAAAGGAACCGCGCCCAAGUGGUUUUGCUACAGCGACUUGGCCAUGGCCACCGACAACUUUUCCGACGAUAAGAAGCUCGGGCAAGGGGGCUUCGGCUCGGUGUACAAAGGAUUCCUCAAGGAACUGGACCUUCACGUGGCCAUCAAAAGAGUCUCCAAGGGCUCGAAGCAAGGGAGGAAGGAGUAUGCCUCUGAGGUGAGGGUCAUAAGCCGGCUUCGCCACAAGAACCUUGUGCAGCUUAUCGGCUGGUGCCAUGGAGGCCGUGAGUUGCUCCUCGUCUACGAGUUGAUGCCCAACGGCAGCCUCGACAGGCAUCUCUGCGCUGCCAAUAAUGCCAUUCUUCCAUGGUCGGUUAGGCACGCCGGCACAAUGGGAUACAUGGAUCCAGAAUGCAUGAUCACUGGCAAGGCCAACGCCGAGUCAGAUGUUUACAGCUUCGGCGUUGUCCUCCUGGAGAUCGCCUGCGGCAGACGACCCGUGGUGGUGGUUCACCAAGAAGAAGAAGAUGAUGAUGAAGAUGCGGUCCACCUGGCUCAGUGGGUCUGGAGCUCGUAUGGAAGAGGGAAGAUCCUGGAUGCCGCCGACACACGGAUUGGAGGAGAAUUCGAUGCCCGGGAGAUGGAGUGCAUGCUGAUCGUCGGGCUUUGGUGUGCUCAGCUCGAUCUGAAGCUGAGACCGUCUAUCAGGCAGGCUCUCAACGUGUUGCGGUUUGAGGCGCCCCUCCCUCCCCUCCCCUCAAGGAUGCCGGCUGCAAGCUACAUGCCACCGGUCAGUGGUACAGGGAGCUGCACAUCUUCAUCGGCGGUAACACGCCAAUCAACGGCGCGGCCGCCACUCAGUCGAGCUUGA